GGCUCUCUUUUAGGUUUCAUCGAAAACUUAAAUACCUUAGUCUUUCUACGACUAUGGACCGUGGCGGCAUAGAUAUCCGACGACGUAGUCCCUAAAAGUCCGGCAUACCCGGCACACCCGCGAGCGUUGACGUCAAACCGUCUAUUAGUGUCUAGACGUCCAUUGAUGAUGGGUCCACAUCCGCACGAAAGGGGAUUUGCCCUGAAAAUACAUCCAGAUCGGGUCAAUUUCGGCAUUGCAGAUAUUCGCCGAUCUUGAAUGAACAUCACUAUAUAACCGUGCCGUCGCUGUUUUCCUCCUUCCACUACACCACUGAAUAUGAACAUGGCAGUGUCUCUCCCAAGCAUACACGAGAUGUUUCCAGAGCAUCUGCUGCGCAACCCGCCCGAUGUCCGUCACGCCCCACCCACGCUGAUUCAUUCCCAUGCCCGCCACCCGCCACCGUCCAACAGCGAGCCACAAUACUCUUUCAAUGUUCUUCGGUCCGAGCCCGCCUCUACCUCCCUUAAACACAUUACCUCGACACUUUCUCUCCCUUAUGAAUCGCAGUCGCCACGACGUGGUGACACCAAGAGUCUCUUGGCAGGUGAAAACGACGAUGACACGCUCGCCAAGGAAGACGGGAAGCACGUCUGCAAGACAUGUAAUAAGUCUUUCAAUAGGCCAAGUAGUCUGAGGAUACAUGUUAAUACGCAUACCGGUGCUACACCAUUCCGAUGUCCAUUCCCCGGAUGCGGUAGGCAAUUCAAUGUGAAUUCCAACAUGCGCCGCCACUACCGAAAUCAUACCAACCCCGGCGCCGCAUCUUUCGUCCCUGUUCACUCCCCAUCAUCGCCUCGACAAUCCCCUUUCUCGUCUCCCCUGCCCCCGUAUCAUCCCUACCAGAAGCGUCUCAUAAACAAAUCGGAGUACGUGUGGCACCCUGCGUCGUCUUCGAGUACGUCCUCAGAUGACGAGGAGGAGUCAAGCCAGCAACCUCAUUCGGUGUGGGGAGAGCGUUACUCCAGUGUGCAUGAUGGGAGAGAAUCUGAUAGGCGCCGACUGAGUAAUGUACGUACCACUAGGGAACAGUAUACUCGCUCUAUGGCUUCACCGGCGAGAUAAUCGAGAGGAUCCUUGACCUAGUCCUAUGACUUGUACUUUUGCAACACUCACGUUCUACUGCUUGACGGUUUCAUGUACUGAGCUACUUACGAACUCUAUCAAUCACGCUGAAUAUCGGAUUGCGUACUACACCGAGUAUCAGAUGGAGAACUAGCUCGUUUUGCUCGUUACAUAUCC